CCAAAAGAAAUGGUCAACUGAGCAAGCGAUUGUGCGUGGACCAUGAAGCAGUUCGCCCAGAUAUUGUGCUUCUGGGAAAGGCAUUGUCUGGCGGUUUGUUGCCGGUCUCGGCCGUACUUGCAGAUGAUCCCGUAAUGCUCUGCAUCAAACCAGGCGAACACGGUUCAACUUACGGCGGGAAUCCGCUGGCAUGCAGGGUAGCAAUGACUGCACUCCAA